AUGGGCUCCCUACCACCCCCUACAAGGAAACUCUUCACCCCCAUCCAGAUCGGCACCCUCACCCUCUCCAACCGCAUAAUCAUGGCGCCCCUAACGCGCUUCCGCGCCUCAGACACCCACACCAUCCUCCCCCUCGCCGCCGAAUACUACGCCCAACGCGCCCGCGCCUACCCAGGAACCCUGCUCAUCUCCGAAGCCUGCGUCAUCCACCCUUCCGCUGGAGGGAACGCCAACGUCCCCGGGAUCUACAACGCCGAGCAAAUCGCCGCGUGGAAGGCCGUCACGGACGCGGUGCACAAGGAGGGAGGGUACAUGUACUGCCAGCUCUGGGCUUUGGGCCGCGUAGCGAAUCCGGAAGUUUUGAAGGCUGAGGGAAGUGGGAAUGUCGUGUCCUCGUCACCGACGGCCUACGAAGACGGGGCCCCCGUCCCACGAGCCUUGACCGAGGACGAAAUCACGCAAUACAUCACCUGGUACGCCCUCGCAGCCCAAAACGCCCUGGCCGCCGGCUUCGACGGCGUCGAAAUCCACGCCGCGAACGGCUACCUCAUCGACCAGUUCACGCAGGACACCUGCAACGCCCGCGCCGACCGCUGGGGCGGCAGCGUCGCGCACCGCGCGCGGUUCGCUCUCGAAGUCACGCGCGCUGUCGUCGACGCCGUGGGCGCGGACAGGACGGGCAUCCGGCUGAGCCCCUGGAGUCCCUUCCAGGGCAUGAAGAUGGCCGAUCCGAUCCCGCAGUUCACGCACCUCACGGCCGAACUCGCGAAGCACCGUCUUGCGUACUUGCACCUCGUCGAGAGCCGUAUCUCGGGCAACGCGGACGUCGAGGCGACGGAGAAGAACGAUCCUUUGGUCGACGUUUGGGGAAAGACGUCGCCGAUUUUGAUAGCGGGCGGGUUGACGCCGGAAAGCGCGCGGAGGAUCGUGGAUGAGGAGUAUGCGGAUAAGGAAGUCGGGGUGGUGUUUGGGAGGUAUUUUAUCUCGAAUCCGGAUUUGGUGUUUAGGGUAAAGAAGGGGGUGCCGCUGAGGAAGUAUGAGAGGGAGGUGUUUUAUAAGGUGAAGAGUGAGGUGGGGUAUGCGGACUAUGAGUUUUGUGAGGAGUGGAAGAGGGAGCAUGAGGCAUUGGCAUAG